AUGUGCAUGCAUAUUCUUUUUUACAUAAAUGCUGUUUCAUCAUCUGUUCUAGGAAUCUGCAAAACCUUGCAUUGGUGGACCUCCAAAAGAGUACUUUGUUGUUUUCAAAGGGAUUCUCAACAGUUUAAUUUAAGAACACCAUCUAGUGUUUUGUUCAACCCUGCACAAAGUCAGCACCAUACCACAUCAGAACUAGUUCAAUGCAUUAAAACAUUUCCACCUGGAUUACCUUCUUCUUUUUAUAAGAAUUUCAUAACUUGUUCAAGGCAGUUUGUACGUAGCUUUUGCAGUCAAAGCUCAGGGAUUGACCUGCAAAAUGAGGCUUCAACAUCCCAGAAAAAUGGCUCUACUUCAAAAAUCACAGGAGUUGCCCCAAAACUCAGUCAUGUUGACAAGCAAGGUCAUGCACAGAUGGUUGAUGUGGGUAGCAAGACAGAAAGCAGUAGACUUUCAGUGGCAACAGCUAAAGUGUAUUUGGGUCAAACAGCAUUUAACCUUGUGAAAGAAAAUAAGAUCCAUAAAGGUGAUGUUUUGACAGUAGCACAGUUAGCAGGGAUUAUGGCAUCUAAGCAAACACCGAAUCUAAUUCCAUUGUGUCACAAUAUUCACAUCACUCAUGCAGAGGUCAAUCUAGAA